AUGCCUGGUAUCUUGCCUAUGAAAGUGAUCAAGGUCGGUGGAACUGGCACAACGAGCCGUAUUGCCCAGGCCUGUGACCGGUGCCGAAGUAAGAAAAUACGCUGCGACGGUGUUCGACCUUGCUGCUCGCAAUGCGCCAACGUGGGCUUCGAGUGCCGCACCAGCGACAAACUGAGCCGCCGCGCCUUCCCACGUGGAUAUACCGAGUCGCUAGAAGAACGAGUCAGGAGUUUAGAAACCGAAGUUAAAGACUUGAAGGACCUGUUAGACGAGAAGGAUGAGAAGAUCGAUGUUUUGUCCCGGAUCCAUUCGUUUACGCCGCAACGACCUGCCUCCACGCGGUCUCCCUCUGCUUCUGCGACAGUGAAAUCGAGCACUUCGGCUUCAUCGGAUGGCGUGUUUCAUGUAGAGCGAUCGACGACCCGACCACAGAAGUUGCAGAACCCUUUUAUUGGAUUUUCUAGCACCCAGGGCUUUGCUGAUGUCUUUACCAACAAGCUUGUCAGUGAGGGUAAAUCAGCAACAAAGGUCCCCACAGGGGCGCUCACUGCCUUACCUACCUUGGUAGUCCAGGGUGUCCCUAACCAGCCCGUGAAAACGCCACCGCGCUUGGUGUCGGACCAGCUGAUUAACAUCUUCUUCCAAGAAUGGGCGCCGCUGUACCCUGUGGUACAUCGUCCGACAAUUUUGAAGGCUUAUGAGCAGUAUCUCAACAAUUACGAAACUCUCCAGCGCAAUCCGCAUGUGAUGGCGCAGUUGAACCUGAUUUUUGGCAUUGCUGCUCUUUCAUCAAUGUCGCGCACCAACCAAGACCCGACUUUCUUCGAAGAGAACUGGUCGGCCACUCUUGAUUCGUUCUCGAGUGAAACGUCGAUUUCCAGCCUGCAAUGCUUUGUGCUUGGUCAAAUCUACUGCAUGACCAAAGGCGACUACCGUACAUUGCUUCGCUACCGUGCCCUUGGUGUGGAUAUUUGCCAUCAGCUAGGCCUGCACGAACAGCAAGAAAGCUCAGGCAACCCACUGGAAUAUGAGACUCGUAAGAAGGUUUUCUGGUCGCAAUAUGUGCUUGACCGAUUCUGCUCCGCGCUUACUGGACUGCCUGUCCUUUUGCGCGAAGAAGAUAUCGAGACUGAGUAUCCAGUUGAUGUGGACGAUGAGAAUGUCACAGAAACAGGGUUUUUGCCGACCCUUCCAGGUGAAUCCACUCGCAUUUCCAGUGCUAUCGCUCUCUUCGGAGCCGCAAGAAUCUUGAACAAGGCUUUGGACGAUCUGUUCCCUUCAAGGUCUGGUUACGAUGUAUGUGUUUCGAAGAUGCGCUCGGUGAAAGGGCAAUUAGACCAGUGGCUUCACACACUACCGCCACAUCUUCGUCUUGAGUUCAGUCAGGAUAAGCCUAGCACAAACGUCACGAGUAGUCGAUCGCCGCUCCUGUCACUUGUGUACUAUUUCAUUCGAUCUUUGAUACAUCGUCCGGCUGUCUGCUACGCCGACGAGAACAUUCGCUCUCCGUCUGUCCUGGCGCUGUCUGAUUCAGCAAAGCAUAUCAUUCAAAUUCUUGAACUUCUUGAUGAAAGGCGUCUGUGUCUGUCUGUUUGUAUCAACAGGAAAGAGCUCAUAUUCUUUUCCGGCCUUGGACUCCUUUGGCAAAUGCUUGAUGUCAAAAACGAUAGCAAACUGGCCAAGGAUAGCCAGAAGCUGCUUGGAACCGCCAUGAAAUACCUCCAAUCAGAGUCAAGCGCGGCGGCUGAUGAAUUUGGCACGCUGUCCAACACUCUAAUUUCUCUGGACAGCGGAAGACGCCCGUCGGUGGGCAAGCAGCAACACCAGGAGAUGGUGGCGCCAACAGAAAAGCCGAGCAAAUCCCCCAAGAAGCACUUGCAGGCCUUAAAAUCGCGCCUUAUUGCCUGCUCCACCCGUGAUAAGCAGCCUCCAACACAGCCCUCCCCACAGUCCUCUCGCCGAAACACCAUCUCCGGAGCUACACCCCCACAUAUCCCCCAGUCGCUCCGCUCCCCAAGCUGGAGCAGCCUGCCCCUUACUCAACCUGACCAGCUCCCAGGCCCACUAUACCUCAACGAUAAAGGCCACUCCCCCUUGGACCUACCCUCAGACCCCCGCUUAAACGCAUCCUUGGGCUACGACCACCCACGUUCCAUGUCCUGCUCUACACCCUCCGACCCCACAGCUGGCGCCAUCACAAUGGCCGAUUGGGAAUAUGUGUUGAGCGACAUGGACCGGGGGUACUCCAACAUUUUCACAGGCAUCUACGGUGGCAAAGAAUGCGGCGAAGACCCGGGCCCGUUCGCCUCCAUCGCAGCAGAAUACAUUCGCAAACCCAACGACUCCUCCCUAGUCAAUCCCCCGCAGAGUGAUAUGCACGGCCUCUCGCCCGAGGCGUGGUCCGCCAGUAGUGGCGACUUCGUACAUAAGCAAGAACAUACCGCGCAGAGCGUUCUGAGCUAUUCGAGCGAGAGUAUGGGGAGUGCCGAGGAGUCUCUAGCGCCAUAUUCUGAUGCUAAGGUCUUCCCUGAGGAUAUCAACACCAUCGAUCCUUUCCAUGCCUUUGCCAUGCAAGGUGAAGAUGAGGUCGAUGAGUUCUCCCUGGCCAAUGGCUGGGACCGACGACUGGCCGUCUGA